CGCUCCGCCUCCGGCCUCCGGCUCGGGCUCCGCGGGGCGGGGGGCGCGGGGCGGGGCGCGGGCCGAGCUGCGGCCGCUCUGGACAUGUCGGGCCCGCGCGCCGGCUUCUAUCGGCAGGAGCUGAACAAGACGGUGUGGGAGGUGCCGCAGCGGCUGCAAGGGCUGCGCCCGGUGGGCUCGGGCGCCUACGGCUCCGUCUGCUCAGCCUACGACACGCGGCUGCGCCAGAGGGUGGCGGUGAAGAAGCUGUCGCGCCCCUUCCAGUCGCUCAUCCACGCGCGGAGGACGUACCGCGAGCUGCGGCUGCUCAAGCACCUGAAGCACGAGAACGUCAUCGGGCUGCUGGACGUGUUCACGCCGGCCACCUCCCUCGAGGACUUCAGCGAAGUGUACCUGGUGACCACGCUGAUGGGCGCCGACCUGAACAACAUCGUCAAGUGCCAGGCGCUGAGCGACGAGCACGUUCAGUUCCUCGUGUACCAGCUGCUGCGCGGGCUGAAGUACAUCCACUCGGCGGGGAUCAUCCACCGGGACCUGAAGCCCAGCAACUUGGCUGUGAACGAGGACUGCGAGCUGCGGAUCCUGGACUUUGGGCUCGCGCGCCAGGCGGACGAGGAGAUGACUGGCUACGUGGCCACGCGCUGGUACCGGGCCCCUGAGAUCAUGCUGAACUGGAUGCACUACAACCAGACAGUGGACAUCUGGUCUGUGGGCUGCAUCAUGGCCGAGCUGCUCCAGGGAAAGGCCCUUUUCCCAGGAAAUGACUACAUCGACCAGCUGAAGCGCAUCAUGGAGGUGGUGGGCACACCCAGCCCUGAGGUUCUGGCAAAGAUAUCGUCGGAACAUGCCCGGACCUACAUCCAGUCCCUGCCCCACAUGCCCCAGAAGGACCUCAGGAGCAUCUUCCAUGGAGCCAACCCCCUGGCUGUGGACCUCCUGGGAAGGAUGCUGGUGCUGGACAGUGACCAGAGGGUCAGUGCAGCCGAGGCCCUGGCCCAUGCCUACUUCAGCCAGUACCACGACCCCGAUGAUGAGCCCGAGGCCGAGCCCUACGACGAAAGCGUUGAGGCCAAGGAGCGCACGGUGGAGGAGUGGAAGGGUGGGCCUGAGGGCUGUGUCCCCCAGAGGCUGAGCGCUGCCUGUUUUCUGCAGGAAGUGCUCCAGUUUCUCUUGAGAGUGGUCUGAGCGAGGCCACGACAAGGGGGUCAGGUAGAGCUGGGGUUGGGUGUGUCCAGCAGAGGCUUGGGGGCAGCACGGGGCAGGCCCAGGAAGGGGCCCAUGGGCCGAGGCUGCUCUCGGAGGGUGGUGGGCCUGGGCUGCUGAAGGCCUGAGCUCACCCUUCCUCCUCCCCUCGCAGAGCUCACCUACCAGGAAGUCCUCAGCUUCAAGCCCCCAGAGCCACCGCAGCCGCCUGGCAGCCUGGACGUUAAGCAGUGAGGGGAAUGCGGCUCGCCAGCUGCACUCGGACCCGAGGAGGGGCCUGAGCCCGCCUGCCCUCCCACCUCGGCCCGCCAGACUCCCACAAGGGGCACCUCCCAACACCACUGCGGCCAGCAGCGCCCACCCCUGGCCUGGGACCCUUGUCUACACGCCGCGCCUUGUGGGAAGCCUGCACGUGUGUGAGCCACGGGUGUAGGAGUCUGGAUAGAGCAUGCUGGACUUCCUUGGUCCUCCUACCCCCUCCCAGCAACCUGGGUCUCUUUUGGGACCUCGCUAUGGGGGACCUGGGUGCCAUAAGAGCUCCCCCCUGGGGAGUGUGUCUGUUUCCAGAUCUCCUGGGUCGCAGAGGGCUGUCUGUGGGGGGCAGUGCCUUGGGGCCGGAGCUCCUGGAGACAAAGGAAGGGGUCUCGAUGGUCAGAGCUGCUCAGCCUGGAUGUGGGGGGCUACCCUGGAAAGUGCUGAGACUCAAAGGAUCUUCCGUGGGGGUGGCAGAGUGGGGACAGCUGCCUGGAGCCGUGUGUUCACCUAUGCUGUGCGGCACAUAUGUGCUCCUGGAAUUCACAUGUCUAAGUAGACGCAGACGCAUGUGAACCUGAGGGCACCUGAGGGCCAGUGGCCAUGGCCAGCAGGAGGCCUACUGUUGCCUCCCCUCCCCUCAGUUCCUGGUGUGGGUGGGGAGGGGGCAUUGCUGAGAUCCUGCUGGGCAGCAUGCAAGGGGCUCAGGUGGCCGUGGGCAGCCAUGUGAGCAAAAGCCCCCUGCUCCUUGGGUGUGAGGGCUGCAGCAGGGUUCUGAGGCAUGAGGGCACUGUGCCAGCUGGGGGGCUGGCAGGCACGGGGGCCUCCAGCCUUGAGGACACACAUGCCGAUGUGGACCCGGAUCCUGGACCUUGGCCCAGAGCUGAUGAAGAAGCCUAUGCCCACUCUACCUCUGCCCACCCUCUGGCCCUGCAGCCGGGCGCUGGGGCACUCAAGUCUGUGGGUCAGCCCUUGGCCUCUUCCCGCCUUCCGGAGUGGAGUUGACCUAGCGACCUCUGGGACAGGGCCCUGCUCCAGGCGUGUGGGAGGUGUGGGUCCUCCGUCAAGGGGCGUCUGUCAGGUGGUGACCUCUCACCUCGCAGGACCAGGGAGGUCUGAAUGCUAAGUGCCUGCCCCAGGGUUUCGCAAUAAAGUUCCCCUCUCACCCGG